GCUAUGAAAUCGUCACCUAUUAAUGCUCUUCAGGUAGAAUGCGGCGAUGCUCCCUUAUUCCUUAGAAGACAAUACUUAUCUGACCGGUUCCUUUUUAAAGUCAUUCAAUCUCCUUAUCAUCCUCUUAUCUCUAAACUCCAUAUCCUUUCUGAUUUUAUCUCUUCUAAUAAAUAUUGGUACCACAAGGAUUAUCCCUGCCUUUUCAAUAGUUUUGUCAGCUAUCUUCGCCUGCCUUGUCCUGUAUUUCAGUAUCAAAAAUUUCCUCUUUUCGACAUCUCUUUUAAGGCUCUUAUCUUUCAGCCUCAAGUUCUUUUAGAUCUCGGCAUAGAAAAAAAAUGUCAUUCUGCAAAUUCCCAGUUAAAUAGAUACAUCGCCAAACAUUGGUCCGAUUGGCUCAUCAUUUACACUGAUGCUUCUAAGUUGUCAGACCAGGGUUGUGUUGGCUCCGCUGUCUGGAUUCCCAAAUACAAUGUGAUUCUCAAUUUUAAAUGCCCCCCUCAAGCUUCAGUCUUCUCUGGUGAGUCCAUAGCUAUUCUGCCAUUCUAAAAACAUUGAAGUUGUCCUUGCUUGGUUGCCUGGCCACAGUGGCAUUUUAGGUAAUGAAACUGCAGAUCUUUGUGCCAAAGACGCCACAACAACUGGC